AUGGGGAAGGGGGCAGAGAAGGGGGAGAGGGGAGGCCCGGCUGGGAGUGUGCCGGGGCAGCCUCGCGGAUUGGGGGAGGGGGCCAGCUUGGAGAACAUCCAGUCAGACGGCACCAGCGCAACCAAGGAGGACCUCCCUCCUUCUUCAAAGCCCACUCCUGCAUCCUCCUCCACCUCUUCUAACUCCUUUCACAGACACUGGGCACCUCCUAAAGGAUUUUGGAGGGUAGCACGCCCAGAGACUCUGGUUCUGAAUAGGAUGAGCACUCAGUCUACUGUGGGCACUCAGACUACAAUGCCCAUACUCUCGUCUUUUGUACGUCUGAAGGAUGAACCCCCUGCGAAUGCCACCCUCUCAGGGCCCCAGAGUAAGUCAAGACUGGCUUCUGUGGAUUCUGUAGACGAGGACAGGGACGAGAGGGAAGGGUGUUGGAACAUGCUGCGUUCGGACAGCCUAGACUGCUACCUGGAGAGGUGUGAUAAGAAAGAAGCGAAGGAGCCUAUGGAUAUCGUGGGGGGGCUGUGGAGGGCGGAGAGCUGGGAAAGUGUGUGCUCGCAGGAAGGGACGCUUUCGUUGGGGGAUACAGUGGAGGCCAACCAGAGAGCAAGAGGGCGGUCAGUGAACAGACGAAGGAACACCAAGAGAGGAGAGGAGAAAGGCGGCGUGGACAUCCCAUACCUCUGUGUUGACCAGAUAGACAAGAGAGAUGUGUCUCCAGAUGCAUCUGCCUCCUGGAACAAUGAGUGGGAUUUAACCUUUCCACAACAGGAGCUGCUUGAACUUCCCGGCUCACACUUCAACCCUGAGGAACUUCCUCUGAGCCCGAGACAUGAGCAGGCCAUGCUCCUGCUGGAGAGGGCUCGGUUAAAAGCCCGCUUCAAUCACGCCAAAGGGGAACGCCCUCAAACCCGCCGCUCCCAUUCUGCCCAGAGUUACAACCCCAAGAGGCAGCAGUCUGGGAUUGAUUCAGCACUGGUCCAAAAGGCUGUGGUUGUUAAACCCAAGGAAGAGCUGACAGCCCCACCCUCAUCAGGUCCACUCCUGGUCCCACAAAGCAGAGACCUCUCCCCUGGGGGGCAUAAUCGUCGGUAUGGUAACUCACCCACAAGGGUGCGGUUUGAGGAUGAAUCAGAGAAGGAGGCAGAGUCUCGCUACCUGGAUCGGGUGAGGGAGCGUGGGCGGGCCACGGGACAGAAAUCCAAGGCCACUCUGGAAAAGAAGGCGGAGUCUAGCAUAAGCAUUACAGGCCUUACUCCAAGACUGGAGGAUGUUGGUUUCACGAACGCUAAAUCUACCCAGGUAACAGAGGUAGUGGUGGUGUUGAGGAAAUGUGAGGCUUGUGGAUCCAUUCUUAGGGAUCCUCCAGUGCCCGAACCAGAGACUCAGUCCGGCAAUGCAGAGGAGAAUCAAAGCAGGAAGGUCUCUCGCUAUGGCCCCCCAGCCCAAUCAGACGGGAUCCCCCAACCAGAUCAGCCCAGCAGCAUCCACCCCAAAGCGGCUGGGGUCACCUUCGGUGAGGUCCUGAUUCUGGGAGAGGAUAAAGAGGGCGGGGCCGGGGGUGGAGUGGGGGAGAGGUCCUCCGGUUUUGGGAAGUUGAGGAGGCGCAGCAGGAAGGGAGAGAGCCGUCUAAAACGUGUCGGCUCGGGACAUGGCCCCUAUGGUGCCUCGUGGGCCCACCGUCGAAACUCCAACCCCAGAAACAGGGUCAACGUGUGCAGGCGAGCCGUCACCUUUGCUCUAGGCAGUCCUGUAGCUCUGGACCGCCCUCUGGUGGGAGCCUCCGGAAACAGCAGCCUCAAGGAUAGUGACGCCCCCACCCCGCCACUGCCCAUUAAGUCAGCUCUGAAGUCAGGCUGCAAGAGCAGGGCGAGUGGGCAGCGUGUGGGAAAGCUCCUGCCCUCGGUUCAGUAUCACCUCAUCAACCUGGAUGAGGGGGCAGGGGGAAGCCCACAGCAUGACCUCAUCACCACAGAGCAUCAUGGGGAGGCUCCUAUCUCUGCCCCCUCAGGGUCUCCCCCUAAUGCUGCCUUAGUCCCUUGCAUCCGACCAUCGUCCCUCAGGUACUCCCCUGCAAGGAUCACCCCUGACCUCCCCCCUGCAGAACUCUGGGAAACUGCUGCAGAUGGAGCUGGUCUGGCGCUGAGCGGAGACGUGUGUCGAGAUCUGCUGGUGGCUCUUCCAGAGUGCCGCCCUGCGCUGCGCUGCUUGGGCGUGUCCCGAGCAGAGGACCUGAGGGCAGAGUUAUUGAGAGCGGAGCACCUGAAGGCAGAGGCUCAGUGGGAGGAUGGCCAAGAGGGGGCUCGGAGGUCUAUGGCAGAGCGAGACAGCAGACCGAAGCUAUCUCUGCGACGGUUCUUCUCCUCCAUCGGGCUGCACAGUGUGGGCAGGCUGGUGAAGGGAGGGCGCUCCAGCAGCAUGGAACAGCUCAGCAUCUCAGCACCGCGGGCCAGCUCCGCCUCACCCAGCCCCACCCACAGCCCUCACACCAACACCCGCCUGCAGAGGACCCCCUCACUACAGGCCCUGCACACAGUGUCCCCACUGGCCCAGCUUCGGAAAGCCUCCUCUGUGCAGAGUCUGGAGAGGAGAGUGGAGCGUUCUACCAUUCUGGGAGAGGUGUCUGUGCCUAACAGCCUGGCACCCAGGAUGAUCCAGAGAGCCCUGAGCGUGGAAGAUGUGUUAGCCCCUCGGGUGGUGCGUCCCAUGGGUCCAAUGGGUAGGGUCGUCCAGGCCUACCCUGAUGGGACCCUCUGGUUGGAGCUCACCAGACCCCCUAACGGCCCUUUUGGGUUCGUCAUCUCACGGGGCAAAGGUCGACCGGUCACAGGUGUGUACGUGGAGCAGGUAGGGGAUGGUACUGAGGAGGGCCUGUACUCUGGGCUCCUGGGUGUUGGGGAUGAGAUUCUGGAGGUGAACGGGGAGACAGUGGCUGGACUGACCCUGGAUCUGGUGACACGCCUCAUGACCCGUGACAGCACUGCCUCUAUCCGUGUCCUGCCACACCGUCGAAACCAUCGCUAAGCAAUGGAAUAUUCCAUUAUCCAUUUCAAUGAAAAAAACACACUGGAUACUGCGCCAUGAUGAUGUCAUGACGAAAACUUGAGAAUGGAAAUAGGCAUAAAGAGAUAUUUUUAACUCAGGGAGAACAAAAGGAAGGACAUAACACAUCUCCUUUUCUAUUAUUAGGACAAAUCUUUGAAGAUUCAGGCAAAUGUUUGUGAAUCAGAUAAAACAAAGCAUAAAGAAAAUGUUGCCCUGAAGAUGCAAGUGAGAUGAUCGACAGAGCCUUCAGAAAGUAUUCAUACCUCUUGACUUAUUCCACAUGUUGUUGCUGCAGCCUAAAUUCCAUUGAUUAUAUUGAUUUUAUUUUCUCACCCAUCUACACACAAUACCCCAUAAUGACAAAGUGAAAUCAUGUUUUUAGAAAAUGUUCCUAAUUUAUUGAAAUUGAAAUACAGAAAUAUCUUAUUUACGUAAGUAUU